AUGUGCAAGACCGUCAUUCUCAAGCCGAUUUUCAUCGUUGGACUGAUUUCAAGUAUGACCCUAACCGGCAUUGCCCUCUAUUUCCCCAACUGGCAGGCCUACGAGAACGAGAAUGGAGAGGUCGAGACGCGCGGGCUGCUGAAGAACUGUAUUCAAACCUCUCUGAACAAUAGUCAAGAUCAGGCUCAACUCGCGGGUGCAGAUAAUCUGCUUCUGCAGAGCAGUGCACGCGAUCAGGUCCUCCUAGCCGCCAAGGAGCCGUGUAUCAGCGUUUGGGAGGUGAGUGGGAGGGUUUUGGCAGGCUUUGAGCGUAAAAUUAUAUUGUACUUGACAUAACUGGACAAUAAUUGGCGGAAAAGUAUGACACUUACAGCAAAAUCAUGUCUUUUUUUGAUUUACAGACGAAUCUAUAGGCUAUUGAGAAAAAGCAGGAUAGGUUUCAGAAAAUUUUGAUUUCAAUUUGUAUUGUACUUGAGACAUUUGAACAGAUAGGUAUCAAAGCUCAGAAUCUCAAACGUUUUCGGGAAUUUUGUGGAUUUUUCGAUUUUAUUUGACAGAAAAAGCCAUUUGUUAAUACAGAAAAUAAUCGAGCUAUCCUAGUUAAAAUUUUAGAUCAUAGAUUUUGGUCAUUGGGUCUUAUUUUAGGUAAAAUUUUGGGAUUUUCCUAUUUUUGACAGUCCAUCUCUUUGUUUAUGUAGCGACGAAUUUUGCGAAGGGUCCCCUACAGUGACGGACCUGAUCCAGUGGCAAAACACGCACCAUUUUGCAUCCGGGAAGUAUCAAAAAAUGUAGCAAAAUGCCUCCCACUCCAAUUAAAAAACUCCGUUUUGAAGGGCCCUCACAAAAGUGGCCGGCGCGCUUUUGAAAUCGGAGUUUUUUUCACUUGGAGAGAGAGGCAUUUUGCAACGUUUUUUGAUACUUCCCGGAUGCAAAAUGAUACGUUUUUUGCCACUCGAUCAGGUACCCGUUUACUACCCUACUACGACCACUUUUAUAUUAUCUUCCCGCUACUAGAUUUAUAUAUUUUUUCAACCCAUUUUUCAGGAAGCCGAGGCCUAUGUCAAAAUUUGCAUCUCGCUGAUCGGCGUUUCGCUGGCCCUUUGUACGAUUGCACUUUUGUGGUCGAUUUUGAGUUUCUGCGUCUGCUGCUGCCCCAAUUUGUUUGGCCCAAUUGGAAUUUUGACUCUUUUGGGCGGAUUUGCAAAUCUUGGAGCUGUGGCGGUGUUUCUCUACAAUACCAUAAAAGGUGAUUUUUAAUACUAACAGGGGAAGUACUCCAAGUGUGACGCUCAGAUUUUGAUGAAACUUGGCAUAAAUUUAGAAUAAUUUUUUCUAACAAGGAAAGUACUUUUAUGGGGGCUCCUACUUUUUGACGGGACAUAUCUCAAAAAAUCAGAAAAAAUGUGCUGAUCAAGGAUAUAUAAAUCUUAGCUGUCCAUUUUAGGUUUUUAGGGGUGAAAAUGCCCAAAAACUGGCUUAAUUUCCCUACAAAAGGCGCAGGCAUUCAAAACGAUAAAAAGCGCAGUCCGUCUCUUCCUUCGGAAGAGAGCGAUGUGGCCGAGUGGCUAGUGCCGUAGUUUGGGAAUCAAGAGGGGGAACGCCGCAUGGGUUCGAUUUCCCUUUUGGGCUGAAUCAACUUUUUUUGAAGAUGAAGGUUGGAAAAAUAAAUUUUUGUGCCAAGACUGAUUUAUUAUGCCUUAGAAACUCAAUAAACAUCAUUUUAAGCCAAAAUAAAAAUUGUAAACCUGUGAAACAUUAAGCGAAAAGGGGUUCAUAUAGGACUUUAAGUCAACUUCCGGUCGAGUUUUCACCCCUAAAAACCUAAAAUGGGCAGCUAGGAUUUAUACAUCCUUGAUCAGCACAUUUUUUCUGAUUUUUUGAGAUAUGUCCCGUCAAAAAGUAGGAGCCCCCAUAAAAGUACUUUCCUUGUAAGAUAUAUGCGAGAAUCCUAUCUCGCGCUUUGCAGAAACAACCGAGAUUUUUAGAUCGAAAGUCGGCGAAAAUUUAGGACUUUUUGCCGAAUUUCAGCACGAAAAGUUUCAUGCCUAUUUCAACUGUAAAGUGUAAUGUUUCCACAAAAAAUCAAAUUUUUCCGCACGAAACUGCCAAAGUUAUGGCCAAAAAACGGUUUUCUCUCUGACCGCUCUCCACGUUGAGCGUGCUCUCUCGGCGGCAAAAAUCGUUCGAUAUCUCGGCGGCGCCCGCAAAGCGCGAGCUAAAACUUUCAGGAAUUGAUAUAUAGUCCAUACCCGAUGUGUGCGCAAAAUUUAAAGAAAAUCUGAGCGUCACACUUCAAGUACUUCCCUUGUAAGAACUAACCCUAAAGUUGUCGACUGAUGAUGCCCAGAGCAUCAAUUUUGAUCUAAUUUUCCCGAAUUUUGGCCUAAAGUUGCAUAUUUUUUACAUUUUUUUCCAGAUUGGGAAGCAAUGUAUCAAAAAGCGCUCAAUGACACCAACAUCAAGGAAGACGCUGACUUUUUCACGCUGGACUGUUUUUGCACGUAUCUUAUGAUUAUAUCUGGAAUCGUUCUGAUCGCGGUUUCAAUCCUCGCAGCGGUCAUUCAAUGCGUUCUGAAGAAGACUCCAGUACCCUGA